AAUUUUUAUUACUUAUUAAUUGACUUUUUUUUAUUACUUAUAAUAAUAGUAAUAAUAAUAAUAAUUAGUAAAUAAUGAAUAGAUUUAAAAUCCUAUUUGAGUUAAACCAACAAAAGUAUAGCGUUUACGUCGACAGCGACUAUAAAGUGAUUACAUUUAAGACAGUAUUGAAUCAAAUCAAUGGUCAACACAAACAAUGCAUUGAUUUGGACACACAUUCAGUUGAGAUUUUUGAUAAAGACUUCGAAGAGUAUGUAGUGAUCACCAGCGAGAACCAGAUUAUCGACAAUUUGUCUCGACUUCGGGUCAAAAAACGGCAGACCAGUCAUAUACUGAACAAUGAGUUGACCACAAAAAGCGACGACAACACCGAAGACAAGACUAACUCCACCAAUGAAAAUGUUGUCAAACCCUUUCUUCCUGAAAAUGUUUUGCCCACUGAAGACAGUGUUAUCGUCAGCGACGGCGCCGCCGAUAAAGAUAUCGAUAACAAUAUCGACAAAAAGUCGGAUAAAAAUAUUACUAAAAAUACUUUGAGAAAAAUGUCAAACAUUGAUACCAAUAAUGUUAAGCAAAACAAUGAUUUGUUAAGCAAAAGCAAAGAGUUGUCAGAUGAUAGUAAUAGUAGUGGUAGUGAUGGUAUAGCGAUCAAUGGGUUGGAAGAUGAUAAUAGAUGUGAUGAUAUCAAAUAUAUGUGCGAUAAAGUAGUUGGAAGUACUGGAGAUGAACCAGUUAUUGAAAGUAAAUCAAACAUCGAUAAUGUGAUUGACGCCAUACAUGCAAUAGGCAUCAAAAAUGCUAAUAAAGCUCAAGAAGUUAUGGCAGAACUAAUGCAAGCAAUGAAUUAUCUGGAUAUUGAACUGACACACAGUUAUCGGACAUCAAGCGAUUGUCUGUAUUUACAUUACAAGACUCAUGUGAUCAAAGUAGCCAAUCAAUCGGUGAUUGCCAUUAGAUAUCGUUACGAUGACUUUCGUGCCAUAAUCUUAAUGAUAGACUUGAUUAACACUAAUAGACGUUGUUUUGAGAAGAAUCCUUCGGACGAUUUUCCUGAAAAUAACCCAAAAUGGAUGACAAUUUCAGAUCAAAUGAUCAUCAAUGGCUUUGAUGAUUGGUCGCCGCAAAAAUGUUUCAAUGGUUUCAAAUGUGCUAUGGAUUUGUAUAAAAAGUCAUUAGACAAGUGUCCCGAUCAGGACACGGCUGAGAUGGUUAACCCAAUCUUCACUUGGCUUAACUGGUUUGACAUUAAAUAUGUGGUUGAUUUGAGCGAAUUUGAAGAUAUUCGCGAUCUGAGACAAUCGUUUGCCAUAAAACGUCUUGAAAAACGCAAAAUAUUUGUUUCCAAAAAGUUUCCGUCAAAUACUUCAUUGAACUCAAACGUUUCAAACAAUUGUCUUGAAAAACGCAAACUAUUAGUAUCUAAAAAGUUUCCAUCAAAUACUUCUUUGAACUCAAACGUGUCCAUCACUUCCAAUAUCUGGUCUUUGAAUGAACAGAAAAUACACAACAAAUAUGGUUCACAACAGUCGUUGGUCUCGAAUUGUUCGUCAUAUAAGCAAAAAUCGCCACAAGAUUAUCAAAAAGUGAAAACUCGGUCCAAACUGGAGGCCAUCGAACAGUCAAACCUUAUGAAACUAAAUCGGGUCUCAAAUUUCAGCCAAAAGCGAAUUAAUGAAUUUAAAUUACUGGCCAAAUGUGUCGAUACAAUUACCUCACAAUUAGGAAACUUUUCGCGAUUGAGAAACUUCUGGGAAUUGGUAUCAAAUGAGAUGACGGCUAACGGAGAAAACAAGUUUGACUCAGAAAUGUGUCGAUCAGUCUUCACUGAAUUUGUCUGCGAUUACUAUGCUUUGACAUUGACCCAUUCGAGUGAUGAGAGAACCGCUUCCAAUGCUUUUCCAUUGUUUUCAUUGAUUCAUUCAAUGGAUUUAAGCCAAUCUCUGAGUACUUAUUCCUACGAAAAGAUUAAGAAUUUAAGGGAAAAGUUUACUUCAAAUUGUCUCAAAUAA